UUACCAACUCCUCUCUCUCUCUCUCUCUCUCUCUCUCUCAAUUUUUUCAUGGCUUCUCUAGCUAGCAGCAGCUAUAGCUUCAUAAAAGUUUAAUGUUUGACGUGGAAAUUCAAUCAGGAAACCAAUUCUUUUACGUUUAAACGCAACCUUCCUCUAUAUAAACGCCUUCAUCCUCAACAAAAUAUAUAUCAAUCCACACAAAAAACAAACCCCAAUAUGGCUUACAAAUACCACACACACCCAUUCCUCAUCUGCUCCUUCUUCUUCUUCCUUGUUUGCAUACCCUUUUACGCCGUGGAAUCUCGGGCACCUUUCGCCUGUGACCCCAGUAAUGGCUUAACUAGAACCCUCAAAUUCUGUCGCGUUAAUGUGCCAAUACAUGUGAGAGUGAGAGACUUGAUAGGGAGAUUAACAUUACAGGAGAAAAUCAGAUUGCUAGUCAACAAUGCAGCUGCUGUACCUAGGCUUGGCAUUCAAGGAUAUGAGUGGUGGUCUGAGGCUCUUCAUGGCGUCUCUAAUGUUGGCCCAGGUGUCAAGUUUGGUGGGGCCUUCCCUGGGGCCACUAGCUUCCCUCAAGUCAUCACCACCGCUGCUUCCUUCAACGAGUCUCUUUGGGAGCAAAUCGGACGGGUAGUAUCUGAUGAAGCGAGGGCAAUGUAUAAUGGAGGACUGGCCGGAUUGACAUAUUGGAGUCCUAACGUAAACAUAUUUCGUGAUCCACGGUGGGGAAGAGGGCAAGAGACUCCCGGUGAAGAUCCUGUUUUAGCCGGAAAAUAUGCUGCUAGCUAUGUCAGGGGACUUCAGAGCAUGACAGGUAUCAAACUAAAGGUUGCCGCAUGUUGCAAGCAUUACACAGCGUAUGAUCUUGAUAAUUGGAAUGGCGUGGAUCGAUACCAUUUCAAUGCUGUGGUAAGCAAGCAAGACUUGGAGGACACAUAUGAUGUGCCGUUCAAGGCUUGUGUGGUAGAAGGAAAGGCUGCCAGUGUGAUGUGCUCUUACAAUCAAGUCAAUGGAAAACCCACUUGUGCUGAUCCUGAUCUCCUCAAGAACACCAUCAGGGGUGAAUGGCGACUCAAUGGAUACAUUGUCUCAGACUGCGACUCCGUUGGGGUUUUAUACGAUAACCAGCACUACACUUCAACACCCGAAGAAGCAGCUGCAGCCACCAUUAAAGCAGGUCUUGAUUUAGAUUGUGGUCCAUUCUUGGCCAUCCACACGCAGAAUGCAAUAAACAAACGGCUGCUACGCGAGGAAGACGUAAAUCUGGCCUUAGCCAACACCAUCACUGUCCAGAUGAGACUGGGCAUGUUCGAUGGAGAACCAUCGGCCCAUCCUUAUGGAAACUUGGGCCCAAGGGAUGUUUGCACUCCGCCCCAUCAGCAAUUGGCUCUAGAAGCAGCCCGUCAAGGCAUAGUCCUGCUACAGAAUCGUGGAGGAACCCUCCCAUUGUCCCCAACACGUCACCGUAAUAUAGCUGUCAUUGGGCCCAAUUCUGAUGUUACCGUUACCAUGAUAGGAAAUUAUGCAGGUAUUGCAUGUAGUUACACGACUCCAUUGCAAGGGAUCGGCAGAUACGCUAGGACCAUUCACCAACCUGGGUGUAGCGAUGUGGCAUGCAAUGGGAACCAAAAUUUUGGUUUAGCUGAGGUAGCAGCCCGCCAUGCUGAUGCUACUGUCCUGGUAAUGGGUCUUGAUCAAUCCAUAGAAGCAGAAUUCAGAGAUAGGGUAGGGCUCCUCUUGCCUGGAUAUCAACAAGAACUCGUAUCCAGAGUGGCUAGAGCCUCCAGGGGUCCAAUUGUAUUGGUGUUGAUGAGUGGUGGCCCUAUUGAUGUCUCAUUUGCUAAGAAUGAUCCACGAAUUGGUGCCAUUUUGUGGGUUGGAUAUCCUGGACAAGCCGGAGGUACCGCCAUUGCUGAUGUUUUGUUUGGUACAACCAAUCCAGGAGGGAAGCUGCCAAUGACAUGGUAUCCACAAAGCUACCUUGCCCAGGUGCCAAUGACAAAUAUGGGAAUGAGACCAGACCCAUCAAAAGGGUAUCCUGGUAGAACCUAUAGAUUCUACAAGGGCCCUGUUGUUUUCCCUUUUGGCCAUGGAUUGAGCUACACCUCCUUUUCUCACUCUCUAUCACAAGCUCCAAAACAGCUGUCACUACCAAUUACUAGUCUCAAAGCCUUGAAAAACACUACCAUUUCAAGCAAAGCAAUAAGGGUCUCACACACUAACUGUGAUUCUCUCUUUCUAGGACUUGACAUUGAUGUAAAGAACACUGGAACCAUGGAUGGAACUCACACCCUAAUGGUGUUCUCUAGCCCACCAGCAGGAAAAUGGUCCUCUAACAAGCAAUUAAUUGGUUUUGAAAAGGUUCAUUUAGUAGCCGGUUCUCAGAAACAAGUCAGGAUUAACAUUCACGCGUGCAAGCACCUGAGCGUGGUAGACCAAUUUGGAAUUCGAAGAAUUCCCGUUGGUGAACAUGAUCUUCACAUUGGAGAUCUCAAGCAUUCUAUUUCUCUCCAAGCAAAUUUGGAGGAGAUCAAAGUUUAGAUUAUUAGUAAGGACAUGAAAUUAAUCAACAACUGUAAGAUAAACAUACAAGGCAAAAGAUCAACUACUGUUUAAGAGUUUCAGCAUCUUGUGAUACAAUAGGUAUUGAGUCCCAAUUGAUCCAUUCACUUUGUGGAAAAACAGAAUCAAGUGAAAGAGAAAUUGGUCAAUGCAAGGCAAUAAAGUACCAGCUCAAUUUCUGCUGGUUGGCAUUCAUGUUACUAUUUGUGCAACUGUAUCUGUAUUUGGUGCCUGUAAACUGUACCUCGAAAUUAUGAGGUGCUAUUUGACAGGGAAUAUAGUUUGAGUUAUUUCAA